ACAACAUCGCUCCCUGCCUCUUUCGCUACUCGCUAGAUCCUUCACGUAUACCCUAUACUCAUAAGAUAUUUCUUCUUCCUUUCCUACAUAUUUUAGCGCUAUUAUGCUAUGCUUGUAUAUGUAUACAUUUACCAACAAUUUGCCUAACAAACCAACGUUUUAUUAUAAUGAUUAUGCUAUUAUACCACUUACAUUGGCUACUUGCAUCGAAUUCCGCAUUAUGUAGCUGUUUUGUUGUAAACUUUGCUUACAUUACGGUUAUAUAAUUAUCGUAUUGGCCAAAUUCAUAUGUAUUUUGGAUUUAUAUUAAAUAUAACGAAUAAUUGCAUUUUCUGCGCAAAUUUUUCUUUAGAGAGAACUUUAGUUAAGUGACGAUUGAUAGAAUACUAUCUUAGCCACCUACAGGCUGCAGACAAUAGUAAGGUAGCCAUUGCGAAUUUCAAAUUUCGCGGACUGUUGGCGAAUCCAAAAUGGCCGAGUAGCAUAUAUUAUUCGCCUCGCGCGCAGCGGAUAAUAAUCUACAAAAAGAAAGAAAAAAAUCCGAAAAAGAAGGGGGUCUCGCGCGACGGCAAGAAACUGUACUAUACGUGAACUUUGUGCGCACAACGAGGUAUAGCUCGCACAGUAUAGACCAUCAGCGGAAUAAUCUGUAGAAGUAGAAAUCUAUCACUAUAGAGUGCUCGCGCGCGCGCGCGGAAAAACCGCCGACGAUUACGACCGAUGCGCCAAGGGGUGAACAGCAGCAGUGGGCUCGUAGGUUCAGCUACUCCUGACUCGAGUCAUCGCAGCGCGCGUUACCUGUAACGCCCAGGAACGAGCUGACCGAGUCUUCUGUCCGGACGACAGCCGGUAUACAAGCCAAAUUCAUAUCUCGAGUACCGGCCAACUCUUGGACUUGCGCCCGUUUUAAUCUCUAAGCUAAGGACCAUCAUCAUGGAAGCUUUAAUUCCCGUUAUUAAUAAGCUGCAGGACGUAUUUAAUACCGUCGGUGCCGAUGCCAUACAGUUGCCGCAGAUCGUCGUUUUAGGAACACAGAGCUCUGGAAAGUCGUCAGUUAUUGAAAGUCUUGUGGGACGAACAUUUUUACCAAGAGGCACAGGAAUUGUGACGCGUAGACCACUAGUAUUGCAGUUAGUUUAUGCUCCAAAAGAUGACAAAGAGUAUCGCAGCGCUGAAGAUGGGACUCUGGAUGUCGAUGAAUGGGGCACCUUUCUCCAUCAGAAAAAUAGAAUCUACAAAGACUUUGAUCAGAUUCGCCAAGAAAUCGAAAGUGAGACGGAUCGAAUGGCUGGUGCUAACAAAGGAAUCUGCCCAGAGCCCAUAAACUUGAAAAUUUUUUCAAAAUCAGUGGUUAACUUGACAUUGAUUGAUUUGCCAGGAAUAACAAAAGUUCCUGUUGGUGACCAACCAGAAGAUAUUGAAAGUCAAAUUCGUCAAUUAGUUCUCAAAUACAUCUGUAAUCCCAAUUCCAUAAUUUUGGCUGUUGUAACAGCCAAUACAGAUAUGGCAACUAGCGAGAGUUUAAAACUUAGUAAGGAUGUUGAUCCAGAUGGGAGACGUACACUGGCUGUUGUUACAAAAUUAGAUCUUAUGGAUGCUGGUACGGAUGCAAUUGAUAUAUUGUGUGGACGAGUGAUUCCUGUGAAAUUGGGCAUUAUUGGCGUUGUGAAUCGCUCUCAGCAAGAUAUUAUGAACAAAAAGACCAUACAGGAUGCUUUGAAAGACGAAGCUGCAUUUUUACAGCGUAAAUAUCCUACUUUAGCAAACAGAAAUGGAACACCUUACUUAGCAAAAACCCUGAAUCGUUUACUGAUGCAUCAUAUCCGCGAUUGCCUACCAGAUUUAAAGACGCGGGUUAAUGUAAUGGUUUCUCAGUUCCAAACUUUGCUCAAUUCUUACGGAGAAGAUGUAGGAGAUAAGAGCCAAACACUUCUCCAAAUUAUUACGAAAUUUGCGAGUAGUUACUGUUCUACCAUUGAAGGUACUGCCAGAAAUAUAGAAACAACCGAGUUAUGCGGAGGCGCACGCAUUUGUUACAUUUUUCACGAAACUUUUGGUAAAACUUUGGAUUCCAUUCACCCGCUGGCCGGCUUAACGAAAAUGGAUAUCCUGACUGCCAUUCGAAAUGCUACUGGCCCAAGGCCUGCUCUCUUUGUGCCUGAAGUUUCUUUUGAACUACUAGUCAAAAGGCAAAUUCGCCGACUUGAAGAGCCUUCAUUGCGUUGCGUUGAACUUGUACACGAAGAAAUGCAGCGAAUCAUACAACACUGUGGAACAGAAGUUCAACAGGAAAUGUUGCGUUUCCCGAAGCUACAUGAACGCAUAGUCGACGUUGUUACGCAACUUUUGCGCCGACGACUUCCUACGACGAAUUCAAUGGUGGAAAAUCUAGUCGCUAUAGAAUUGGCUUAUAUUAACACCAAGCAUCCAGAUUUUCAUAAAGAUGCCGCUCUUGUCUCGUCAUUAUUGAAAAAUGCCGAAAUGAAUCAGCCAAAACAAAACAGAAGACAUUUAUCUUCUUCUGCUACUACAACUACUUCUACAAAUGCCAUAAUUCCUGUUCAGGAAAAUAGACCGUCAUACAAUCGAGAUGACUACAAUGCAUUUUCGGAGCAGAAUAACAAAGAAAAUAUACAGCAAAAUCAUUGGCUGCUCAGUAAUUUACUACCACAGGGAAGGGCCGAAUCAGCUAGUUCGGUAGACGGAUCGCCAGUACGAACCCGUGAUGAAACGGCUUCGUCAAAUCCAAAUCAAAGUCCCGAUGGCGUAGUAGAACUGCAAAAGGGGUCACCCCAACAGAAAGCAGUUAAUCUACUACCCGAAGUACCAAUGCAAACAUCUCGUAAACUCAGCGAUCGAGAGCAACGAGAUUGCGACGUUAUCGAGAGGCUCAUCAAGUCGUACUUUUAUAUCGUUCGUAAAUCAAUACAAGACAGCGUACCCAAAGCUGUCAUGCAUUUCUUAGUUAAUUACGUGAAGGAUAAUUUACAAAGCGAACUGGUCACGCAUUUAUACAAGUCUGAUCAUGCAGAACAUUUACUUAAUGAAAGUGAACACAUUGCCGUUAGGCGCAAGGAAGCAGCUGACAUGCUUAAAGCCCUCACCCAAGCAGGUCACAUCAUCAGUGAAAUUCGUGAGACGCAUAUGUGGUAAUCUAGCAACGUUUUCGCUGGGCUAGUUUCAAAUAGAAAGAACAGUGUGAAAACAUGAUUUUAGAUAAGUUGUUCAACAGACACGUCUCGUACCUAUGUAUAUUGGACCUGUGUAAAUACGUAUUCUUACUUUUCACGCGAGCAAAAAUGUCAGUCUCAUUCAUGAAUAAGAGAGCACUCAUCUCAGAGAGAAAGAAACACGUUGAAUACUCAAAAACAAGAAAAGUUGUAGUUUAUGUUAUUUACAUUUCGUAC